CUGAGAGAGAGAGAGAGAGAGAGAGACAGACAGAGAGACAGACAGACAGACAGACAGACAGGGAAAGAGAGAUAGACAGGGAAAGACACAGAAAAAAAAGACAGGGAGAGAGAGACAGGCUGUGGGGUAAGGUGUGUAAACUAGCCCGUUAGCUGUAGCUGUCUCUCUCUCUUAGGAAGUAACUCGGGGUUAGGGGAACUAAAAUGCCUCUAAAUCUCGUUAACUCGCAGUAACACUUUACUCUCAGGUCCGCGGAGCUGCUGUAACGGUGUUUAACGCGCCGUGCGGUUACAGCUGUAGGUCAGACCCCGCUCUCCGCAGGUAAACCCGGGGGGGAGUUAGCCGGUUAGCCCCGCGGCGGAGCGCGGGCUGCGGGGAGGGGUGCGAGUGCAGCCCGGGCUGUGGAGCCGCAGCUUCGGCUUAAAUCUCUAUGAGAAAGCGCGCUGCGCGGGCGGCCAUCGCGUUUCUACUGAAUCCCGUGAUAAUCGGACGGAGGUACUUGUUUCUUUGAAGCUCUCGCUAACUAACACACUUUUCACCCCGGGGGAUAUUCAGGGGCGCGGGGAGCGAACACGCACCGCAGCGCAGCGCUGAGUGUAGCCCCGCAGCGUUGAGAGUAGCCCCGCUAGCUGCGAGCGGUUCGCCUCCAAUGGUCUCCUGAUCCGCCCCCGGUCCCGGCGCUGCCCGCAGGCGAGGACCGCCAGCCCAAACACGAUGGAGAGCGAGAAGAAGAGGAGGAAGUUCUCCACCAGCAGCAAUGACUCGGACACCACCGACAGCCAAGUGACGACAUGCACACGGUCCUGGAAGAACGCUGGAUCCCGGAGCGUGUGGGUGCGGAACGAACAGCGGAAACCAUCUGAGGUUUUUCGGACAGAUUUUAUAACAGCCAUGAAGUUGCCCGACUCGACGCAGCUGAACCCAGAGGACUUUUAUAUUCUGUCAGAUUCCUGGAGACAGGAAUGGGAGAAAGGUGUUCAGGUUCCAGCCAACGUGGAGGCCAUUCCUAUACCUGUGGUCAGGGAGCUUCCUGAGGUCAGUCGGAUUCCGUUCUAUUCACCAACUUACAGCGGAGACCAGAGCGAAUCAGGAUUCAGGAGCUCUCGGAUACUCCAGGACUCCGGUAGCCGGUAUGAUCUUGACGAUUUGGAUGUGACCUGGCUUGAUCUUGUUAAUGCAGAGUUUAGAGAACUAGCGCUUCCGGAGCUGGACGAGCUGACGAUGGAACGGGUUCUGGUGGUUCUGGAGAUCCGGUGUGAGGAGAAGAUGCAGGAAGCGAUCGAGGCGCAGGAGGGUUUGGGGAUCGAGUACGACGAGGAUGUAGUCUGUGACGUCUGCCGUUCACCAGAGGGUGAAGAUGGCAAUGAGAUGGUUUUCUGUGACAAAUGCAACAUUUGUGUUCACCAGGCAUGUUAUGGCAUCAUGAAGGUACCCCAGGGGAACUGGCUGUGUCGAACCUGUGCCCUCGGGGUUCAGCCCAAAUGUCUCCUGUGUCCCAAAAGAGGAGGAGCUUUAAAACCGACUCGCAGUGGAACCAAGUGGAUCCAUGUCAGCUGUGCCUUAUGGAUCCCUGAGGUAAGUAUUGGCUGCCCAGAGAAGAUGGAGCCAAUCACCAAGGUGUCUCACAUCCCCGCCAGCCGCUGGGCCCUGUCCUGUCACCUGUGCCGAGAACUCACCGGCACUUGUAUUCAGUGCUCCAUGCCGUCCUGCGUGGUUGCGUUUCACGUGACCUGCGCGUUUGAUCACGGUUUGGAGAUGAGAACUCUGCUGGCAGAAAAUGACGAGGUUCGCUUCAAAUCCUUCUGCCUGGAGCACAGCGGCGUCUCGCGGCCGACCGGCGGCGCGGAGAGAGACCAAUCACGGCACUGCGGCACGGGACCGUCCGGCAGGGAACCGGCGCUAGUCCAAUCAGAACGCUCGGACAGGGACCAAUCAGAAGUACAGAAGGCCAGCCAGCGUAAGCAGAAGCUGCAGGAGCUGGAGGACGAGUUUUACCGGCUGGUGGAUCCGAAGGACGUGGCUGAGAGUCUGGGGCUGCCGGACGCUCACGCGGACUUCCUGUACCAGUUCUGGAAGCUCCGCCGCAGAGCCAACUUCAACCGGCCGCUCGUCUCGCUGAACAGAGACCAGGUGGACAAUCUGGAUCAGCAAGAGCAGGACGUCCUUUACCGCCGUCUCCGGCUCUUCACUCACCUCCGGCAGGACCUGGAGCGGGUCAGGAACUUGUGCUAUAUGGUCACAAGAAGGGAAAGGAUAAAGCACAACUUGUGCAGUGUCCAGGAAAAGAUCUUCAACCUCCAGAUUCAGCUUCUAGAGGAGGACCUGGCCAGAGAAAAAGCCCUGAAAACUGAUAAGAGACGUCAGAACGGAGUGAAGGGAGGGAAAGAGCGGAGGAGGAGGAGGAGGAGGAGGAGGAGGAGUGGAUCUGAGAAGAAAGAACCGUGGAAGAUAGAGAACAACUCUCUUCUCAAACAGCUGGGUUUCUCCUUCCCGCUGGACGGGUCUCUGUUGGACAGCUGGUUUUCUCGGUCGGUUCAGAUCCGGGCGGAUGGUGUUUUGAGCCGCUGGGCGCUGGACGGAGAGUCGCGCGAUUCCCCCGCGAGUCUUCUAUCAGAUCAGCUGAUGCAGGGCGAGGAGAGUCUGCUGAACCUGAUGAUGGAUCCCUCCUUAAAGACCACCUGGAAGACCCCUCACCUGGGUCGCAAAUCCCAGAGUGGGGGGCGCAGGCCGGGCGGGUCCGGGUCCGGGGGGGGCUCUGCGCCUCGGGGAGCUCGCAGCGGCCGGCACUCCACCGGGAAAACUCCGCACCACCACCUCCAUCACCACCACACCCACACAGCGAGCCCCGCCCACCGCACAGCGGACCAGAUACAGCCUCCCACUUCCAAAAUGGACUCGUGCCACAUUUCCGAGAAGAACGAGGGGUGGAGUCACGCCGGGUCGGGGGGGACGUGUUCCGCGCCCGGCAGCCCGAUCGGCCCGGAGCUCGAGCCCAGCAAGACCCCACCCACAGCUUUACGGGUUCGGCUCCCGCGGCAGAACAAGUCCCGCUUCAGACGUGGGCGGGGCCGGGGCGUGGCGCCGGGCCGGGGGGGUCGGGCUGGGAAAGAGAGCUCGCAGCUGGACAUCGAGACAGACGGAUAUUUCUCCGACGCCGAGCAGAGCGACUCGGACCCGCGGCCCGCCGGCCGGGCGCUGCACCGGACCCCGCUGCAUGCUGGGAACGAGGAGCUGCUGAGACAGAGAAUUCUCACCUCCUAAAAUCAGCAGAUCAGAAAGAACUUACUGAUUGUUUUAAACACUCCAUUUAGAUUAGAUUCAUGUUUCUCAAAAAUCUGCAGCACUUAGACUUGUCUUAUUUACACCAUUCUUACAUCACAUUCUCCUCAGACAAUUUGCAAUAGAUAUUUUUUUUGUUUUUUUUUACAAAAUAAUAUUUAUCAAACGUUCCGGAUUUGCUACACUGAUUUAAAAACGUAAGUGACGAGCAAUCGAAUAGAUUUUAUACGGGCAUUAUCAGGUGAGUGUUGCUCCAACAGAGGAGACCAAUUCAGCCUAAAGGAUAAAUAAAGAGAAAAUAUCAAUCCUCUUUAAAUCCUAAAAAAGCACAAAAGAAAUGUAGCACAAAAACACAUUUACUAUUCUAUUCCGUUUGCGAAGUUUCCUUUUCAAAAUAUCUAAUAAAACAUUCAAAAACAUUAAUGUGGAAAAUUAGGACACUCCAUUAAAUCCUUUAUCUUUUACAGAUUUAUACUUAUGGACAUUUGUUUUUAUCAACUAGAAACCAGGAAAAAUAAACAUUUUAAACAUCUGAAAAACUAAAUUCUGCAUGGAGGAGUGGGAAACGUCAAAGGGAAGAGGGUACCUGUUUACACUUGGCAUGGGUUUGGUAUCUGGAUUCACUUUGACCAGAUUCUGUUUACACUUCUCAUUAAAAUGAGUCCUCAGUGUGAGCCGACUUUAAUUUCUAGUGUAAAGAUAACGCCUCCAUUUAAAUCUGAACACGAUUGGAUCACCAGUGAAUGCUUUUAAUUGCCGGUAUUAAGAUAUUGAUGCACUAUGAGCAGGAGGUCACAGAUUCAAACCCCUCCUUAUGCAGCUUUACCAUCAAUCUGCCGGCGCUCAGAGGGAGUAAAAUGGUCUUGCUCUCUCUGGGUGGGUACAGUACAGUAGACGGCGCUCUCUCUUUACCCUCAUCACUCCUAGGGUGAUGUGGAUCAGCACAAGGCUGCGUCUGUGAGCUGAUGUAUCAGAACCGAGUCGCUGUGCUUUCCUCCGAGCGUUAGCGCUGUGAUGCUAAAUAAAUAAAUCUGUUCAGAUUUGAAAUAAAUACAAUAAAAUAUAAAAGCUAUUAAAUCUGUAAGAUUUAAGAAAGCACUGUGUGAUAUUCAGUGAUGUUGCACAUGGUGACGUUAAACAGUGCUACACUUUUUACAAGUUAAAAUUAAAAUUGUGUGUUAAAUAUCUUAAAUAAGAUCAUGGGUUUGUUGGGGUGUCGUCAUUUUUCCACAGACUGUACAAAAAACACCCGCCUGUAAAAAACGUCUGCGAGGAGCUGAGUGCGAGUUUAUCACAGAGUGCCUUCUAUAAAUUUGAUUUUAUAAUCAGAAAAAAAAAAGAUCAAAAUCAACUUAUAUGGUUUUAGCGCAGAUCCAACGAACCAGAAAAUAAGCAUUCGAUAAUUAAAGUCAUUCCACUGAGAAAAACCCUGCAAACAUUCUUAUUUACCAGUUUAACCCCCAGUCAGCCUCUGUCUCCCCAUCAUUCCAAACCGGCCCUGAUCCCACAGUUCCCAGUUCCUCCAUAGCGCAAACGACUCAGGGUGAAAACGAGAGCUGAAACUCAAUGAGGUAAAAAGUAAUUUAACGAUAGAAAUAAUUUUCAUUGUGUCCCUGGUGAAGAUCAUGACUCUCCUGAGGCUUCAGAGAGCAGCAGCUUCACUUCACUGGUAGCACUGGGUGGUCCACCAGGUAAUGCCGGGGGCUGAUACGGUUUACAGUAGGAUUAGCUCAGACAAAUCAAAUAUCCACAAUAAACAGAAUUUACAGAUUCACUUUUAUAUGGUGCAACAGAGCCUGUUAUUUUACACUUAGAUCCGCCAAUAAAAUAAAUAAAGAUUAUUAGAUCAGUUUCUCGCUCAGACCUUCUGUCUGAAGACCGGCUGCACCUUCCAGAGACAGUCAGGAGAUAUCAGAUCGAAUCUACAGCAUAUGAAAACAGCGGGAUCAGGAUCAGGAUGUUCAGUGUUUUUAUUUCAGCACCGAUAGAGCUGAUGUUCUGAUGCUGAUGUUUGUAGGUAUUAAACCUUGUACUGGUUGUUUUCUGUUGAGUCGGUGGUCAGACUGGUGGUUGUAUGCAGCGCCCAUUACCCAAACUAAACCUUCCAUUUCCGGUGAUCAGUAACGUCUAUAUCGCUUCUGUCACGCAAAAACCUUGUAGCUCCAGUUUUGGUAUUUUUCACUUUUAAAUGUUAAUCUGACUUUAGUUCUUUAUAAUGUGUCCAAAUGUUAUAUGAUGAACGGACCAAUAGGAACUGAUCUGUUUAGAUAAUAGUUUUUUUGUUCAAGAGCAACAUAAUUUCAGUGAAAAAAAAACUAGGAAUUUUCUGAGUAAAAUCCAAAUUCGGAACUCUGAUAUCUGAACGCCCCCUGCUGUUCACACGCCGCUUCACUUAGCUCCCAUAAUACACUUACCACAUGUGUGGACCAGUGGGUUCGACCAGCAAUUCCAUCAAACUCACACCAUGCUAGUCGUGAUCUAAGCCAAGAUCAACCAGUUUAACCAGUUAGUUUUGUUAAAUGCCUUUUAAAUGCUGAAUUUUCUGUCACUAAAAGGGAAGAUUAUCCUUUUCUGAACCUGCUGACAGUAAAUCAUUACAUCAUCCUGUAAACGCUUCCUUUCUGAUGCUGUUCCCGAUUUAUCUUUAAUCAGAUUUAAUUAUUUGAUGAUAUGAAUGUUGCAGGAGUUCGCUUCUGUUUUUCUUUAUUUCAAAGAAUGUUGUGCCAUUUAUUAUCAGACAAAAAAAAAUACUGAACAUAUAUUAAGGUUAUAAAAAAAGAGCUAUUUUAAAUUAUUUUGGCCUUUUUGCUAUAUUUAUUUUGUUGUAAUAAAAACAUCUUUGUAGGACAGAAGACAGAUGUAUUUUCAUUAGUGCAGAAACUAUUUUACUUUUUGUGAGUUUUUAAAGCAAUAUGAUUCCAUCUAAAUCUGCAUGUUGUGUUGCCUUAACAGCAGCUGCGUAUUCUGAAGCUUCUCCAGCUGUUUUUGUCCAGAUGCAGUAAAUAAAGCUAUGCUUCUGUGUAUCA